AUGGAACUCCUGAAGGUCCUGCCAUGGCGCCGUGCUUUCCUAGCAGUAGCCCUGAACUUGCUGGCUCUCAGCCUCUCCACCACGGCCUUGCUUAGCAGCUACUGGUGUGUUGGGACCCAGAAAGUGCCCAAACCUUUGUGUGGAAAGGGCAAAGCUACCAAGUGCAUUGGUGUCCAUGUGUCUGCUGAUGGAGGAUCUAACAACUCUUCAUCCCAGGAUGUGGUGCACUAUAGCUGGGAGACCGGGGAUGACCGCUUUGCCUUCCAAUACUUCCACACUGGCAUGUGGCUUUCCUGUGAGGAGAACAUGGAAGGGCCAGAUGAGAAAUGCCGAAGUUUCAUCGAGCUCUCACCCCCAGGGGAGAGAGGAAUCCUGUGGCUGUCACUAGGCUCAGAGAUGUUCUACAUCAGCUUGCUGCUCAUUAGUUUCAUUCUACUGGUGAUGGAGAUCCUGUACACAGGGAAUCCUAUCUGUGGACUGAAGCUCAAUGCCUUUGCCGCUGUCUUCUCUGUGCUGUCAGGCCUGCUUGGGAUGGUGGCGCACAUGAUGUUCACACAAGUCUUCCAAGCAACUGUCAAUCUGGGGCCGGAGGACUGGAGACCACACUCAUGGGACUAUGGCUGGGCCUUCUACAUGGCCUGGUCUUCCUUCACCUGCUGUAUGGCCUCUGCUGUCACGACUCUCAACAUCUACACCAAGACAGUUCUGGAGUUCAAACGUAACCGUGUCAAGGGCUAUGAUGGGAGCUUCAAGGACCAGCCGCAGCAUCACAAGUGCUACAUGCCACAGCGGCACCAAUCGGAACAGAUGGGCAGCUAUUACCAGCACCGAGACAAGCCUAUUCAUUCCAUCUCAGAGGGAAUUGACUUCUACUCCGAGUUGCAGCAAAAGGUGUUACAGCGGGAACCUGACCUAGACCUGGAUGAGGUCCUGGGACAAUCAACUGGGGAGGAACACUGUUAGGGCAGAAAAAGUGGAACCAAACAGAAGCGCUAUUGUUAACACAGUCUAAGGGGUGCCGAUUCCUUUAAUAUUACAGAAAUAUUGGAAGCAGGGAAGAGGAAGGGGAAGCAACAAGGUUGGGGAGCAAUGCAAGACCACUUAUACUGACAGUGACUUAAACCCCUUGAGCUUGUCUGCUCUACUGGAAGUUUGAGGGAGAUGUUACCACGUGCAUCAUGAAUGGUAAAGGCAGAGGUCAUUUCUUCUAGAAAGUUAUGUUGACUAUGUCCUUAGUCACCACGCUUCUAACUCCUACUCCUAUGAUGUUUUGCAUUUAGUCACUGGAUAAAAUGGGUAGAGAACAGUGGUAGCAGCAGAAGCCCCAUUGGAACUAGAUAGGGUCCAGAACCCAGGGGCUCAUUGCUUUCCAGGCAGUGCCUGUUUUACUGAGCCAAAUUCCCUCUGCCUUGUCCUCCUUCUGGUCCUACAUAUCUUCUUGAUUAUUAAGCAGGCCAGCUUCAACAGGGGGUGCUCCGGGCACUACCUAGCUCAUGGCCUCGUGCCUAGAGAACGUGUGCAGAUUCAAAACCCUUCAGUAAAGGGAGCCUAAACAAAGGUCUCCCACUCACCCCUAACCACUAGAUUAUUGGGUUCCUCCUCCUUCAUUGCUUUGUGACUGAUUUGCACAGUUAUGACUACCUUGGGAGUUUAGGAUCUAGACUCUACAUCAAGUAUUAGCAAUGUAUGGCCUAUGGGCUGGAUCUGGCCUGCAGGGCUGGAGUUUUGUCUGUGUCCACACACCAAGCUGAGGCCAGGCAUUUCCAGCUGCAUCCACGCUGCUGGUACUUCUCCCUACAGCUUGGGCUCACUUUCCAGAUGGUAGGGAGCUGUGUCAGGCCAGGCAGCUUGCAGCUGUGCCCACACUUCAGCUGGGAGGAGUGUGUAGGAGGGAAGCAGGGAGAAGCAGCAGUAAUGUGGAUGCAGUUCAAAGCUGCCCACCCACAGUGCAGCUCCCCAACAGUUGGAAGCUGUCUCCAUGAUCCAGCUGAGGAGUGGGAGGCUAGAAGUGGUGGUAACAUGGGUGCAGCUUGCAGCUACCUGGCCCUGGUGUGGUACAGGGAAAGCCCCCCUGGUACGAUAUACUGCAGAUACUGCCAGGCCUGAGUCAGACUGCAGCCAAGUUGUUCUGGCCUGUAGCUUGUUUAAGGUUUCCAGCCACUGCCCUAUCUGAAGGCAAAGUUGGAUUUAGGCCUUCAAGUUCAGCAAGCUUCCCACUACAAUGAGAAUGAGAAGGUAUCUUUCUCAUCUUCCAUAACCUUCUGGUCACAUUUUCUCCAUCUUCUUUCCAUUUUUAUGCCAUCUAUCAUCCAAUUUCUGUGCACCAUUUUUUUCCCUGCCCCUAGAUUCACUAAGGUUCCCGUCUAUGCUCCUUGCACUUUGAGCUUUCCUCCUGUGCUGCUUGUUCCCCUCUUGCUGCCCAGACUCCUACAAGAGGCCUGCCCACCCAUUUCCCUCACACUAUCUGCAACAAUUCAAGGGCAGGGUCCUGCUCUCUCCAUUCCUCCUAGUCAUGAAUGCUACUACAAAAGCAGUCCCUCCAAAAGGAAAAUGAAGUUGCACACAGAGGCAAUGCUGUACACUAUAUUUAUUUGUUCCACUGCAGUUUACAGUUCAAAUAUUUUUUUCCUGACAAUAUACAGACAGACUUUCUAUUCACAGUGGGGAUAAGGGAGAAGAAUUCACAUUAUGGAGGAGCUAGUGUCACUGCACAUUAAAUAUCUGGCCUAGGAAUUUGAGGAAGAACCUAAGGAGAAUUACUACUUCAGAUAAAAGCUUUCAAGCCUUUUCUGCAAGGUGGUGGCAGAAAAGAAGGGAGAUGGAGCAUAGCCCUGUUUCUAAUUAACUUCCUCUGCCACUGGGACUUACAACUUCAGCCACCACUGUUCAAACUAAACCAAACACUUUUAAAGCACCUAGCCCUGCCAGGGGACAGGAGAGAAAGGCAGGUGCCAAGACAAACAGCCCCUUGCUACAUGUGUGCUAAUACAUACAGGGCUAUUUACACAAAAAUGCCAUUACACGUAAAGCUCUGCACAAAGCUCUGGCAUUACCAGGGAGGGGCUCAAGGGCCAGCCUUGGAAAUUGCAGCUAAUCUAAAAGAGACUGCAGGGAGCCAUUUUAUAGGAGAUGCAGUGAGAAAGACAAGUAUUCAGAAGAUGGCCCAAGAAACCAAGCAAAGGAGACAACUCUCCCCAAAGAUGCAAUGGGCCCUUUAAAGGGAGGUGCAAAAUAUGCCAGGCCCUCAGCACUAAGAAAGGAAGUACUGGAACAAUACCAGCUGGAGGACAGACAGAGGCAGCAGGCAAUAGCAGAAGAUCUGUGUUAGGGCUGCAGCUGUUGCCAAUGCUAAAGGGGGAGCAGAACUAGACCUGCUGGGAAACCAAUAUCUAUAAGGGAUUGCCUUGCAGUGGAGUAAAGGGAUGGGGAGGGGGAGGAAUCUGUAGGGACCAAAGGUCACUAAAGAGGCUGUCACAGCAGGCUUUACAUGGAUACUCCACAAUCAUGGCACAGACAGUACAUUUCAAACAUUAAAACCUAUGGAGACAGAGUCUAGCAGACUUGCACAUAGGGUGGAUGGGUGAAUGCUAAUAUGAAACCCGUCUAGGGCUACUGUGUUCAGCACUGGUCUCCGUGAUUACCUUUGAGCAACCCUUGGCUGUUUUAACUCACAUUCUCUCUCAAUGGUCCCAAGGGACCAAAACUACAGCUGAGCAGCAGAGAAGGGUUUCCCAGCAUUACCUCAAGCCUCUUGUACUGGGUGUGACAAAAGAGCCUCUAUGCAAACUAAGAACCACUCCAUAACACAUUAUUAUCUUCCAGGGGCCAGACAUACUGGCCAAUCUACCUGUGCUGUACUACUCAGGAAUACAUGGUUCAUAUGAUUUAAUUUGUUUGCACUAGGGCAGACAUCAUGUGAUGCCAUAAGGGCUCAUAAGAAAGACCAAAGGGAGAGGCAAAGCUGGAUAUAAGACAUGGGCCUUUCAUAUCUACAUUACCAACCCUAAUUUGUGCAUGGGAGAAGAAACUGGUAGGCUCAGGGGGUUAACAAGGAAUUGUGGAGUCUUUUGCCUCUUGGUUGCUUAUUCUAAACUAGCCGAAUCAGGGAGGGCAGGACAUUCCAAGGAACUGAGGGUGAGGGGAUACAGUGGUGAUCCUAAAGUAAAAGAGGUAGGAGAGCUGAAGGAGCCUGUAUGAUGAAACCAGCCAUGGAGGAGCCAGGCUAUGGUUCCCCUAGAAAACAGUGGGAUUAAAACACGAUGAAUGGAAAUACUGCUUGAAUACAAACAGGAGUUUCCUGGAAAUAGUUCAUAAAUUAAAACAUACAAAAAAUAUACAUACAUACAUACAUAUAUAUAUAUACAUUUUUCUGCAUUCACAUUUCCAUGGUACCUGGAGGAAGCACGCAGGCAGGGUGUGGCAGGGGAGAGGUCCAGCAG